GUUUCCGACAAGCUAUUGCAAGCUUGCGAUUACAUGUCAUAAGUAUGGCAGUGGUUCUCUAGCUUUAAGUAAGGACGGGCAUCGACAGGACCGACACUAUUAUAUUAUCUUGCAGUAUAACGAGCCAGGCAGACUGCGGCACCUUUCUGUGCGCCUAGGUGCAACGCCGGUACUAUGGACGCACCGACGGCCACUGCGGUUGCCUCGUCUGCGGCAAUGCCGGCAGUCGCUGACACGGCCGUUCCUGUCGCAGUGAGCGCCCAGCCUGUUGCCGAACCGGAGGUCGCGUCUACCCCCAAGGCGACAUCGGAGGCCGAGACCGUGCCUGUCGAGCCGGCUUCCACCAAAACCGCUGCCGCCAUUGCUGGCGAGCCUGAGAGUGCCGCCGAGGAGCCCGCUGCCGCUGCCACAGCCCAGGAGCCCGCUGCCGCAGCCGAGCCCACUGCUGCCACUGAGCCCGCUGCCGCCGUGGAGGAGCCCGCUACGACCGCCGAGGAGCCCGCUGCUGCCGCUGCCGCCGAGCCAGCUGCUGCCGCCGAGGAGCCCGCGGCCAUGAAGUCUGCUGCCGCCGCCGAGCCUUCUGCUGCCGUAGAGCCCGCUGCCGUCGAGUCCGCGGCCGAGGAGCCUGCUACCGCCGCCGACCCCGCCGCCGCAGACCCCGCCGCCGCCGCGGCGGCCGCCGCCGCUGUGUCAUCGGCGCCCGUAGUGCUGGCGGCGGAAGUGGCCACGGAGCCGGCGGAGGCCGAGGCGGCCGACGGCGACGACGAUGCCGAGCCCGAGCCGUCUGUGAUCCAGGAGCGGCCGUCUGUUCCGCGCGAGCCCAUGCCCGAGUUCGACGCAGUGUCGUGCCGCGGCAUGCUACCGGAAGUCAUCCUGCCCAGUGUGGUGCUGGUGGCGGCGCUGCAGCGCCUGCCGCCCUACACCGAGGUAAACCCUGCGCCCGCCUGCAAGCCCGGCGCGCCGUGCGCUCUGUGUGCCGCUACGCAGAAGACGCUGGGCUACUGCAAUGUGAUGACCGCGCCGGUGCUGGACGGCGGCGAGUACGGCACUGGCAAGGUGCCGGCACACGACAUGUGGCGCCUGCUGCUGGCGGAGCCGUCCACGCCCCGCGGCAACCUGACCAUCCGCCAGCGCGCCGUGCUCCGCGACCUGCUGGUGGGCAAGGACGACCUCACCAAGGCCGCAGCCAACAUCACCGACCCCACCGACAAGUCCCCCUACACGGCGGCGCUGCGUCAGCUCAAGCUGCACGGUGCGCAGCUGUGGGACGGCGGCGCGCCGGUGCUACCGGCUGAGGACCCGUCUGACGUGGCCACGCCCGACUGGGUGCUCAAGUGCUUUGAGCCCAAGGAGGCGGACCCGACCGGCGAGAAGGCGGUCCUGACGGCCGAGGAGCUGUGCGGCGCCUUCCGUGACGCCGUACUGCUGGCGGCGCGGCACGGCGACACCGAUGCACUCACGCGCCUGGCGGAGAACGAUAUCGCAUGGAAGCUGUCCGCCACCGACAAGGCGCUGCUGCUGGCUGACCUGACGUGGCUGCUGGCCAAGGGUGCCGUGAAGCGCCCCACUGCCGGCGGCAUGUUCGGCAAGGACGGGCCCGCAUCCUUCCGCGCGCUGCGGAACAGCGACGUGCCGUUGCUGGUGGCGGGCAUCCACGAGGCCGCGUUCAAGAAGGCCGAGCCGCCCGUGUCCAUGGUCGCAAAGAACUUCAGCGGCAGCGACGUGCUGCGCGAGGCCUCCCUGCUGGACUUCCUGUUCACACUGGGCUUCAGGUUCCCCGAGUCCGGACGCACCUUCCUGCUGGCGGUGCGCGCCGCCGCCGCGGGCCAGUGCUCAGUGGAGUUCCUGGACUGGCUGCUGAAGCACGGCUGCCCCACGGGCCCGGUGGGCAUGGCCUACGCCUGUGCGAUGGGCACCCAGGACGCGGGCGAGGCGCCGCCGCCCCAGGCCAUGAAGGCGGUGGGCUACAUGCACAGCAAGGGCGUGCCGCUGGGCGUGGCCGCGCUGGAGGAUCUGUGGCGCCUACCCGCCUCCCUCUACAAGGAGUACGUGGACUUCCUGGGCGUCCACAAGUGCCCCGUCACAGACAAGUUGCAGCUGUACCACGCCGCCACCCUUGAGGACUACGCCUUCAAACACGUGCAGAACGUGGACAAGGACUUUCGCAAGAACGUGCUCGUCGCCGCUAACCUGGCGCCCAACUACGCCGAGCGCGCCGCCGAGGCCUUCAAGCACAAGUUUGAGAAGCUGGACAAGCUGUUCAACGCCGCCAGCAAGCCCGCCUGGCCGCGUGUGGUGCUCAGUCCGCUCGAGGAGCUGCUCAACACCCUGCCAGCCGCCGCCCUGGCCAACAACGGCCCCGCCGCGCACACCAGCAGCAGCUGCGCCGGCCGCCUGCUCAAGGCGCUGGAGUUUGAGCCCGAUUACAUCGCCGCGCGCGCCGUGGACGAUGCGCUGGGCCACGGCAAGAGCGCCGUGAUCACCGCGCACGCGCUCAAGGAGUACUGGGCCGCCCGCUGCAGCGCGAGCGUGGAGUCGGCUCAGCAGGCGUCGCUGGAGGCCGCCGCCACCGCCUGGCUCAAGGUCCAGGACCGCACUGCACAAGCCUUCGACGCCUGGUACCUGGCGCACACAGGCGGCGCACUGCUGGUGGGCCGCGCGGAGGAGGCGGCGACGGAGGCGGCGGCGGCGAUGAAGGAGGUGGAGCGCAUGGGCCGCGUGGCGGAGAUGCAGGCGCUGGCGCAGAUGGAGCUGCAGCGCGCCAACACCGCGUUGGCCACGCUGCAGCGCAUCCUGGUGCACUACGGCGAGCGGGAUGCCAAGGUGAAGCGCGACACUGACACCGCGGUGGUGCUGCAGGGGCGUGUGCAGCGCGCCUACGCCACAGUAGUGCAGGCCGCCACCGAGCUGGAGGUGGACGAGGUGGCGGCGGCGCUGCGCUCCGCCGCGCACACGGCGGCGCAGGUGACCAAGCUGGCAAAUGACACGCAGGCCACGUACGAUGCCAAGGUGGCGCAGGAGGCGGCGGAGGAGGAGGAGAAGAAGGAGGCGCCGCCUAAGCCCGCCAAGGAAGCGUCUAAGAAUAAGUGAUUUAGUUGGUUAGCUUGCUCGCGUUUGGAUGCAGGGUGCUGAGGCCGUGAGGCGCACGGGAUGUGUUGGGGACUUGGAGGAAAGCUGAGCAGGUAGGAGCAGAACUGGUGGGUGGUGGACGUGACCGCUGCAGCGCACCUUCAUAGUGUGUGCGGGCGGUGUAUGUGAUGCCUCCAUUAGGGUGCUGAUGAGCUGGCGCAUGAGUGCGCAUUAACUUCUGUUCGAAUUGCGUACUCCAAAGGCAUGUCGACGCGUUUCUAGUGUGUUGUCUCUUGAGUUCACAUUACUGCGUGUUAUUAUCGUGGGAACAGAGGCUAGCUAACGAAGUGCUUGCGAGUGAAUGCGAAUGCAAGACGCCGUCGCGAGCUCCAGGCUAGCAAUAAACAUCACGAAAGAAGUUAGUGUCAGCGGCAAUGCGGUUACUUGUUACCUUCGAGACGAGA